CGCGGGGCUUUGCCCUCCCUCCCUCUCCCCCGCGCUCGCCUGUAUUUGGAGCUCCCGGAAGCCGCCGGCGACUCUCCCCGGGAGCGGCGUGACUGACACCGGCUCCGACUCCGGGGGGAGGAGGGCGCGAGUGGCCGGACUCGGAUUUGCGGCGCCGGGGACGGGACCCCGGGACACCCGGCAGAAUGGCAGAGAUGCAGGCACUGAUGGAGAGGCUGGAGCGGGUGGUCGGCCGACUGGAGCUGCUGUCUGCGGGGUCCCACCGGCCUCCUGGGGACUGCGGGGAGAUUAAUGGUGUCAUUGGAGGUGUGGCACCCUCGGUGGAAGCCUUUGAUAAGCUGAUGAACAGCAUGGUGGCUGAGUUUUUAAAGAAGAGUAGGAUCCUUGCUGGUGAUGUGGAGACUCACGCGGAGAUGGUGCACAGCGCCUUCCAGGCCCAGCGGGCGUUCCUUCUGAUGGCUUCGCAGUUCCAACAACCCCAAGAGAAGGACGUGGCUGCACUUCUGAAACCGAUAUCAGAAAAGAUUCAGGAAAUCCAGACUUUCCGAGAGAGAAACCGGGGGAGUAAAAUGUUCAAUCAUCUCUCAGCCGUCAGCGAAAGCAUCCCUGCCCUCGGCUGGAUAGCUGUGUCCCCUAAGCCCGGUCCUUAUGUCAAGGAGAUGAAUGACGCCGCCACCUUUUACACUAACAGGGUCCUAAAGGACUACAAACACAGUGAUUUGCGUCACGUGGACUGGGUGAAGUCGUAUUUGAGCAUUUGGAGCGAGCUGCAAGCGUACAUCAAGGAACACCACACCACAGGCCUUACUUGGAGCAAAACCGGUCCAGUAGCCUCGACAGCAUCCGCAUUGUCAGUCCUCUCCCCUGGGCCUGGCCUUCCUCCUCCCCCUCCUCCUCCACCUCCCCCCGGGCCACCACCACUCUUUGAGAAUGAAGGCAAAAGAGAGGAGCCCUCCCCUUCACGCUCUGCUCUAUUUGCCCAGCUUAAUCAAGGAGAAGGAAUUACAAAAGGGCUCCGGCACGUCACAGAUGACCAGAAGACGUACAAGAAUCCCAGUCUACGGGCUCAAGGAGGACAAGUUCCGUCUCCUACCAAAAGCCACGCUCCAGGCCCCAGAGCCCCCCACUCUCAUUCUUCUCAGAAGCAUGCUCCUGUGUUCGAGUUGGAAGGAAAGAAAUGGAGAGUAGAGUACCAAGAGGACAGGAAUGACCUGGUGAUUUCAGAGACGGAACUGAAACAAGUGGCUUACAUUUUCAAAUGCAACAAGUCCACUCUGCGGAUAAAAGGAAAAAUCAACUCCAUUACAAUCGACAACUGUAAGAAGUUUGGCCUCGUGUUUGACAACGUGGUAGGCAUUGUGGAAGUGAUUAAUUCCAAGGAUAUUCAAAUGCAGGUAAUGGGGAAAGUGCCAACCAUUUCCAUCAAUAAGACGGAAGGCUGCCACAUAUACCUCAGUGAGCAUGCCCUGGGCUGUGAGAUCGUGAGCGCCAAGUCUUCUGAAAUGAAUGUCCUUAUUCCUCAGGAUGGAGAUUACAGAGAAUUUCCUGUUCCAGAAGAGUUCAAGACAGUCUGGGAUGGAUCCAAGUUGGUCACUGAACCUGCAGAAAUUAUGGGCUAACCUCCAGAGAGACCGAACCCCCUGACCUGCAUCCACUUUAAAAAAAAAAAAAAAAAAAAAAGCAGCAUUAAACACCUAGAAGUGGCAGUAACACCUACGGCUUUAGUUUUGGCCUCCAACAAUUCUGUGUUCUAGAAACAGCAUCAUUUCUGGCAUGUCUUCCUGGGCAUUUUGAAGUAUUUAGCGUGUUUUCAUGAUUUGCCUUUGUGUGUGAUUUGAGUUCCACAUGAUGACUUGUGAGCAUUACACAUUUUAAGGGGGUAAAAAUAGUAUUCUGUCCCCCGAUAUUAUUAACACGGUAGCUGAUAGGUAAAAAUACUGCAUGAUUCAAUUUGACACUUAGGUUUAAUUGCUACUUGGAAAAUAAAACCUCUGAGAAUCUAAGAUGUACAUUUUUACCUUUAGGCAAUUUCUAUAUGAUGUAGUACUAGUUAUGCUCUGAAAAAUCUAACAUUUUUUUCUCAUUUUUACCAAAUGUUCACCUUUAUCAGCACGGAUACAUCAUCAGCAUGAAUACAUAUUUCAACCCAUUUUUUUACAAAACAUGAGAAAAUUCCAUCCCAAGGACUAUAUCUAGUUACUUGGCCCUUACAAGUCUUGUUUUCUUUACAGUUACUAAACACUGAAAGUAGAUUGUAAUGAUUUAUCUUAAAAUAUUCUUCUGCCAUGUCACACGGAAAACUUUUACUUCUCUGCAGAAAGGUUUUUAUGCCAAAACAUGGGUGGGAGGAAGCAGAUGUAUGUAGUACCUCGAAAUUUUUCUCGAAGAUCAAGCUCAAUUCUUUGUUUCCCAAUUUUGAACCCGUUGAAUAUCAAAUGCCUUGUAAAUUAUGUCAUUAAUGUUGUAUUAUAGACUUUUCUUUUUCACUUGCCAGACUUCUAACCAGUCUCAAAAAACAACAACAACAACAACUGAUGAACGUUAAAAAGCCAUAGCUGUAAUACUUCUUUCAAAACCUGAAUUCUUUGUUGGUUUGACUUGCUGCUCCUAUUUUGUAGUAUUGAGUACCUGCUUUUUCAACAUAAGAGAAAUAUGAUAUUCCUUUGUAACUUUUUCAGUACAUAGUGCUGAAAAAUCUGCAACUUCUUGGAUCACAUAUAAUGAAUUUUAGUAUAAUGCUUGCAGACCCAAUACAAGCAUAUAUAUUGUGCCUACUACAGCCUUUGGAAUACAUCAUUUCCGUUUUUUAAAUAUCUUCUAUAUCCAUAUAGUAUUCAGAUUACUAAUGCUCAUGUACCAAGGUUUUGCUAUAAAAGUUUUGUUCAUAUGAAUAAUGUGGCUUUAGUAAAUACCUUUUUUUUCAACUGUAAACAUUCUGAAAUAAAGUAAAAUUCUAAUUGUUUAAAUACUGGGA